AUGCGUUUAAAAGAUCUCACACCGUCUGCGGCCGUAUUUGCGACUCUGCUCGUCGCUCCACAACUAUCGUCAGCUUUUUAUCUUCCUGGUGUUGCGCCGACAUCAUAUGCACCUGGCGCCAAGGUUCCAUUAUUUGUGAAUCGACUCACACCUGUCGGUUCUUAUGAAGAUGGUCAAUUGAGAUCAGUGGUAUCUUUCGAUUAUUAUCACCCGGCUUUCCAUUUCUGUAGACCAGAUCCAAAGCCCGAAUAUGUCUCGGAGAGUUUGGGCAGUAUCCUUUUCGGUGAUCGUAUAAUGACCUCGCCCUUUAACCUGAAGAUGGGAGUUAAUGAGUCAUGUACACAACUGUGCGAGGAGAAGAAGUUUGAUCAAAGCUCGGCACAUUUUGUGAACAGAAGGAUACAACAAGGGUUUGCGUUGAAUUGGCUGGUUGACGGUCUCCCCGCAGGGCAAUUGAUUGAGGACGAAAUCACACAAACAAGAUUCUACAGUCAAGGAUUUGCUCUGGGGAGUAGCGAUCAGAAGGACAUGCACUUGAACAAUCAUUACGAUAUCUUCAUUGACUACCAUGAAGUUUCCGCCGGUCAAAUGAGAGUUGUUGGCGUUAUUGUUCAACCUUCAUCCAGGAUAUUGAAUAAGAAUGCAGGCGAUCCAGAAUGCGGUGCUGGUGGACCAAAAGUGGUGCUUUCCGAGUCUGGCGAGACAGCCGUCACAUAUUCGUACAGCGUCUGGUGGCAACCAUCAACAACAGCUUGGGCUACCAGGUGGGAUAAAUAUCUCCACGUUUUUGAUCCCAAGAUCCAUUGGUUCUCUUUGAUCAACUCAGCCGUCAUUGUAGUAUUCCUCGUCAUUACAGUCCUUUCGAUUCUCAUGCGAACAUUGAGAAAAGACAUUCAAAGAUACAACAGGCUUGACUCGAUUAACCUUGAUGACUUGUCAGGAACAUCUGUUGCUGUCGAAGACGGAGUUCAAGAGGAUUCUGGAUGGAAAUUGGUACAUGGAGAUGUAUUCCGUACACCAGGGCACCCAUUGAUUUUGAGCGUCUUUCUUGGAAAUGGAGCACAAUUAUUCGUCAUGACAGGCUUCACUAUUGCCUUUGCACUGUUGGGAUUCCUAUCACCAUCAAAUCGUGGAUCUCUUGGUACUAUUAUGAUCCUUUUGUAUACUGUCCUCGGGUUUAUCGGCGGAUAUGCCUCAGCUCGAGUAUACAAGUCCUUUGGUGGCGAACAAUGGAAGCUCAACAUUGCCUUGACGCCAACUCUCGUUCCAGGUAUCGUCUUCAGCACAUUUUUCCUUCUCAACCUCUUUCUUUGGGCCAAAGAGUCUUCCGGAGCAGUACCGUUCACAACAAUGCUCGUCAUCGUUUGUAUCUGGUUUUUUUUUUCCCUGCCCCUAUCAUUUGCUGGUAGUUGGGUUGGGUUCCGCCAACCACCUAUCGCUGCCCCCGUUCGUACAAACCAAAUUCCACGUCAAAUUCCCCCUUCUACGUCCUACAUGCGUCCGAUCCCAUCCAUGCUUCUCGUGGGUAUCCUACCAUUUGGGGCAAUCUUUGUGGAACUCUACUUCAUAAUGUCUUCUAUCUGGUUCUCCAAAGUCUACUACAUGUUUGGCUUCCUCUUUUUGUGUUACGGUCUCAUGAUCAUUACGUGUGCCGCCGUCACAGUUCUCAUGAUUUAUUUCUUACUGUGUAGCGAAAAUUAUCACUGGCAUUGGAGAGCAUUCAUGACGGCCGGUGCAAGUGCUGGUUACGUGUUUGCGAACGCCAUGAUUUACUGGAUGACAAAACUGCAACUUGGUGGUUUGGCGGGUAGUGUACUUUACAUUGGGUAUAGUGCACUAAUUUCAUUUUUGUUUUUCAUUCUUACUGGUAAGUAA